AUGUCUGCCGAGGUAACGGGUCUCCCUGACUUGUUCCAAACCUUCCUGUGUGGAAGUGAUGACGAGGAAGGUAAUGAGAAAUCUGCUGCUGGGAAGCCUGCUGCUCCUCCGGAGGACAAGGUUGCUUCCGAGCAAGGGGCUGCGGUCGACGAGACCGGCACCUCGGCUCAAGGUGCCGCGAUCGAAGGUGACAAGGCGGUUCAUGUUUCCCCUUUCCGUGAGGUGAUCGGCACUGGGGGUUCGACGUCUAACCCUGAUGCCGAUGACGAGGUGGAAGAGGUCCCUAGCUUCAAGAGGAAGAGGAAGGCGUCGUCCAGUCCUGAGGGGGUCCUUACUGUCAUGGAGAGGAAUUUUGAUGCCGGGAACUUUAUAGAUUCCCAGCUGAUUCCCGGUACUGAAGAGUAUUUUCAUGAGUCAUCACUUGCCGGGCAGGCGAGGUGGAUGUACCGUAUCCUCUUACGCGGCGCAGUGAUAGCUCGGAAAGCCGAGUUCGAACUGUCUGGGAUGGAGUCCCUCCGCAGGAGGUUGGAGUCUGCUGGGAAGGCUAAUAACGAGCUCAAAAGUGAAGUUGAGACUCUCCGGGAGCAGUUGACCCAAUCUGAAGAGAAGCUUGACGCCGCCGAGAAGAAAGCUACUGCUGCCGAACAGAAAGCCACUACCGCUGAGAAGAAAUUGGAAGAGUCGGACGCCACGGUUUCACGUCUUGUCGAGCGCGAAAUGGCUUUGGAGAGUCAGGUCGGCGCGGCACAGAAACGGGUGGCCGAAAUCGAGAAAGAGAAGCAAAUCGCAGAGGCCGAACUGGCAACAUGGAAAGCGAAGUAUAAAGACGUCGUCAAGCAGGGAAAGGGUGCGAUUUUGGCGACCGAGGAGGCCCUCAAAGCUCAGAUUAAAAUUGUUGCCCCCGAGUUCGACACGUCAGCGAUCGGUGUUUUCAAGGUUAUUAAAGACGGCAAGAUUGUUGACGUCCCCAAGAAAUGA